AUGACCGUUCAGGUGAGGAGACACUCCGCGGCCUACAAGAAACCGUCGCCCUUCAACCACAACUCCCGGUCACAGGACUCCGACGUCGAGAAACACCCUCAUGCCCGCCAAAACUACCACCGUCAAAACAGUAGCGACGAAGACGAUGACUCCGACAGCGGGCCCGACCAGGCCUCGUCGUCCUACCCACCCAUGAGUGGCGGCGCGCGCAACUCUCGAGCCAAUGUGGGCUUUCGUGUCCCCCAGCGGAUAAUGCGAUGGCUCUGCUUCGCGCUCUUCGCCUCUCUAGUUAUCUUCAUCCUCACCCUCUUCCGGUUUACCAUCUCCUCCUCCGUCUCCCAAGUCGCUGUCGAACUGCCCAAGGUCGCGUCCAGCAAGCCGCCUCAAUGGGAGAGUUUCGCCAUGCUCAAACGCUACGAGGGCGGCUUGUCAAGCCUCGUACCUCGCAAAGACAACAAACCCGAGUACCCUGGUGAUAACGCAGACGGAUUGGCGCUGCCGGACGAGGACAAUGCGGAGAAGAAGAACGAAACCCCGCUGCAUGCCAGAGACUUGAAGCCGUCCAUGUCGAGCUCUGUCUUCAAUCCGUACCCUGACUAUACCGACUCCAACUACAUCAAGAAAUACGGCGAGAAGCGCGAGUGCUUUUUGGAUAAAGACAACUCAGUUCGCAUCCCGCGCAUCCAAUCCUUCCCCGGUGUCCCCAAAGGCUUCCCAGACCCCGUCAUGGGCUCGAAUUCGAUGUUAGGAAUUCGCGAUGAUGUCUGCUUUGACAGGUUUGGUCGUUUGGGCCCCUACGGUCUGGGAUACGGGGUUAAGAAAGGUGGCAGCGGGGCCGGGUUGGAAGGCCACCGCGAUGGAGCUGACCGUAUCUGGGAGGAUGUUCCCCCUGUGGACUUCCGCCAGGUCGAUUGGGCUGACGCGCAACACCGGUGCCAUGCAGCAAACAAGCAUCGCUUCAAGGAGCUGCCUGAGCCUCGCCUGAACCGUUUCGUUUCCAUGCCGGUGGGCGUUCCCAGCGUGAACAUCGAAACGCCCGAGGACAACCGUAAAUCUCCGCCUAAGAGCGGUUCGGAGCGUCUAUCUCGAACCGCGGUGGUCAUUCGCACGUGGCAUGACUUCCACUAUACCCCGGAGGAUAUUCUGUAUAUGCGCUCCGUGAUUUCGGAGCUCUCACUUUUGUCCGGUGGCGAAUAUACCGUCCAUUUCCUUGUUCACGUCAAGAAUCCCGACCUCCAGAUCUGGUCCGACGAUGAGACAUACCAGCGUGUGCUGAAUGACGCUCUUCCGGAGGAGUUCCGGGGGAUGGGCACCCUCUGGUCCGAGCAGCAGAUGGCUCUUAUGUACCCCGCGCUCGAGGAAACCUGGAUGCGUGGGCUGCCUGUUCACGGUGUCUACCGCAGUACCUACAUGCCUAUGCAGUUCUUUGCUUUUCAGCAUCCGGAAUACGACUAUUUCUGGAACUGGGAGAUGGAUGCCCGUUACACUGGUCACUGGUAUCAUCUUUUCGACAAGGUUGCCGAGUGGGCCAAGAAGCAACCGCGCAAGGGUCUCUGGGAACGCAACGCCCGAUUCUACGUUCCCUCGGUCCAUGGAUCGUGGGACGACUUCCGCCACAUGGUUCGCGUGCAGACCGACAUCGGCACCAACAGCCCGAACAACCUCUGGAGUGCCGCCAAAGCAGCGGCGGACGGCGAAAGAGAGAAGAGUGCCUUGCACCAGCAAGGUGACAAAUCUGUCUGGGGCCCCGAGCGGCCCCACGAGCGCGAUAUCUUCGAGGUUGAAGGGGAGGGUAUCCCGCCGAGGACCGUGGACAAGGACCAGUACGAGUGGGGCGUGGAUGAAGACGCAGACUUGAUCGUCUUCAACCCUCUGUACAACCCCGAGGGUACGACCUGGAUCCUACGCGACGAUGUCACUGGCUAUAACAAGGAGGACGGCAUGCCUCCACGCCGGACCGCCAUCAUCACUGCGUCGCGUCUGUCCCGGAAGCUUCUCACCACCAUGCAUCGCGAGACCAGCCUUCGGCGCCACACCAUGUUUUCCGAAAUGUGGCCCGCGACUACUGCACUACAUCACGGUUUCAAGGCCGUUUACGUGCCUCAUGCUGUCUACAUCGACCGCCGCUGGCCCACCAAGUACCUGGAGUCUGUCUUCAACGCCGGCCGUAACGGCGCCUCUGGUGGUGCGCGCACCGCCGUCUUCGGUGACCGCGAGCACAACUUCAGGGGCACCACGUGGUUCUACUCCGCCGGGUUCUCGCCCAACCUCUGGCGCCGCUGGCUCGGUCUCCGCGUCGACAACGACGGAGGCGAGCAACAAGAGCUAGCCGGCGAAGGUCGCAUGUGUCUGCCACCCAUGUUGUUACAUCCCGUCAAAGAUGUACAGAUGGUUAUCGACGAUGGGGAACAUGCACAAGAUCGGUAA